GGCAGAGGUCUAUUGCUGGCAGUUCGGAAAGACGGAGAUAAAACGACCCAGCCAGAAUUGACAGGAGCUGCAAAAGCAUUUGAUACCAAGACUAAUGGACGACUAUCAGAGUUACUAAAAACAGCUCCCGGCUUUAAUAAAGGUGCAGGAAGUCUUUUUUACGGAUUGGACGAGGAUUAUCCAGCAGUCUACGUUGCUAAUAUUGAAAGCUCAAAUGAAAAUUCCGAAUCGCUUGAAAAUAUUGAUGAAGAGAAGGAAAAUAUCCGUACUGGAAUAGCAGGUGGAGUAAAGCAACUAAAAUCACUGGAAUUAUCUACUAUUGAAGUGGAUCCGUGCUGGGAUGCAAAAGCUGCUGCUGAAGGCGCCUAUCUAGCUAAUUAUGACUUUAAUGAUUUAAAAUCGGAUCAAGAAAAGAAAUGCAAAGUUGAAUUACUCUUGACACAUUUUAUGAAGGAUGAUCAAUUAAUAUCAAAAGACUGGGGUUUUGGUUCGAUUCUGGCGGAGAGUCAAAAUUUUGCUCGACGCUUAAUGGAUUCACCAUCAAAUUUAAUGACCCCAACCAUCUUUGCUUCUACCGUUGAAAAGACCAUGGCAGGAUUUAAUAAUAUUACCAUUACAUCUUACGAUAAAGAAUGGGCUGAAGAAAAUAAUAUGCGUGCAUUUCUUGGAGUCUCUCAGGGGUCAUGUGAACCUCCAGUUUUUCUAGUCGUGAAUUACCGUGGAAAUCAAAGUACCGAAAAGCACGCUUUGGCAAUUGUUGGAAAAGUUAUAAAUUUGUACUAUUGUAGUGGUGGGAUUAGUAUUAAACCUGCCGCCAAUAUGGACAUGAUGAAAGCAGAUAUGGGCGGCGCGGCUGUCACGAUUGGAACAUUGUACGCGGCUUCAAAGCUUAAUUUACCUCUCAAUAUAAUUGGUGUCAUUCCGUUGUGUGAAAAUAUGCCUUCUGGAAGUGCAGUAAAACCUGGCGAUGUUCUAACAGCUAUGAGCGGAAAAACAAUUCAGGUGGAUAAUACCGAUGCAGAGGGACGAUUAAUUCUUGCCGACGCUUUGCACUUUGUUCAUCAAUUUAAUCCUGAAACUUUGAUAGACAUUGCAACUUUAACCGGAGCUAUGGCGGUGGCAACAGGAGCAGGUGCUGCAGGUGUUUUUACAAAUUCAAAGAAAUUAUGGCAAGAAUUAUAUGAGUGUAGCUGGAAAAGUGGUGACCGUUUAUGGCAGAUGCCGUUGUAUGAUCUAUAUUCUAAACAAAUUAAAUCUAAUGUCGCCGAUAUCAGAAAUAUUGGGAAAGCAGGAGGGAUUGGUGGAGCUUGCACAGCAGCAGCAUUUCUAAAGGAAUUUGUUUCAAACUCUCGCUGGGCACAUCUCGAUAUAGCUGGUGUCAUGUCUUCAGAAGGCGAUUACCCGGCUUAUCUACGCAAUGGGAUGACAGGUCGUCCUACACGCACUCUAGUAGAAUUUGCAAGACUUUUAUCGUCGUCAUAG